GCAGUCGAUGCGAUUUGGGAUGCGCGCAACACCGAGACGCUGGUCCUGGAAAUGAUCUCUCGCAUCGCUCAUCACAUGAUCUUCGUGGUAAGUGACACUACGUGGUUCGAGCAGCAGAAAGUCGCCGAAUUGCACCAGAAGUACGUGCAGCGCCGGCAGCACAGAGAGCUGAUUGUUGUUCACAACUUGAGCACAACCUCCCAAGUGGAAGUUGCACGUGCCCUGUUUGAGCGGCAGGUCACACGGUGCUACGAUGGUGUUCCGUCGCACUUGGGCGACUUGAUCUUCACGGCGGAUGCUGGCGAAGGGACACCUCCGGUACACCAUAUUGGACUGUGCCAGGAGUAUUCAGCAGCCGGGGACAGGUUCAAUGGCAAGAACAGGGAGUACCUCUUGCAGAGCCUGGAGCAUGGAAGCAUCCUGGGUUCGCAUUUAGCCCUUGCAGAGACGUUCAGCGCGGAGUUGUCCAAGCUGAUGCCGAAGUUCGCCAGCAUCGAAGCAGGCGUGCCUGAAGUGGCCGCCAACACGACUGGUGCUGCGACGCAAGCGAUCUCUGUGAAGUUCUGCACAAGAGCCGAGGCGACAGAGGGGGAGACUGGGAUGGCCGGCUACAUGCGCGUGGGCUCCAUGAUGUUGCAUUCACUGCCCGGCGAUGCCCAGGUCGUGAUGAAGACGAGGGGCGUCAUUUCGGACUUGGGGGAGAUCACUUCCCACGAUGUCAGCUUCCGCCCAAUCACGAAUGUCUUUGACCGUAAAAUGGACUCGGACAAAAUGCAUUACAUUCGUAUCGAAUGCCCGGGAGUCACUGAUGACGACCUCGACUUCCAACUGCUCGCCAAUGGGGUCAAGAUCAUGAUCGAGAAGAAGCGGCCCAUCAAGGAGGAAACCGUGGAGGAGGUGCAGCCCAUUUUGCAGCACUACGGCUCCUGGCAGAAGGAAUUUGAUUUCGACCGAUCUGACGGCACUUUCCAGGUCUGCGAGGACAGCAUCAAACUGGAGAAUGGCGUGCUGGAGGUGCCCCUCAAGAUGACCCAGAACCGCAAGUUCAAGCUCGCAGGUGCGCGCAGAUCCGAGCCGGAUGCGAAAGCGCCGUCUCCGGUGAGAUCCGAAUCCGCUUGCUCUUUCUCGGUGGUGGGGAGUGAGCACUGA